AUGAAGCCCGGGGUGCUGGCACUGGCUCUUCUCGCCUUGCUGCUGGCCGUGACGGACCAGGCCAGUGGUGAAGGGGCACCCGUGAAGCUCUGUGGCCGGGACUUCGUCCGCGCCAUUGUCUUCACGUGCGGAGGCUCCCGGUGGAGGCGGAACAUCAAUGACUAUGUCUAUGCGCUGGCAGAGAGCAACGAGGCGUCGCCGUUCGGCCACGAGAGCAACGGUUUUGGCGCCGAGGGCCCCGAGCAGGCCGGCGCGGGCAGAGCGGCGGAGGGAAAGCACCCGUAG